CCCCAGCUCUCCCACAGCCCACUGUCUCUGCAUCUUCCUUUCUUCUUCCCGCCUCCCAUCAGUCUGAAGAAGGGUCUCGACCCAAAGCAUCACCCGUCCCUUCGCUCCAUAGAUGCCGCCUCACCCGCUAACUUUCCCCAACAUUUUUGUCUAACUUGAAGAAGGAUACUUAGUUUCCAAAACAUAAAUGUAAGGUAUUUUACAAGCACCAUUAAUAAUUAUUUUCCAUGGCCAUAGGGCAGGCGGGAUCACAUGUGCCUAAUCAAUUGUGAGCUUGGUUUCAGUUUGAAUGAUGUAGUGUUGACCUGGCCAAAGGUUACCUAUCCAUUUUGGGUCGUUUAAUUUAGUUUUGAGAUACAGCAUGGAAACAGGCUUUUCCUUCCACCAAGUCGACGCCCACCGUUGAUCACUCUUUCAUACCAGUUUCAUGUUUUCCAUAUUCUCAUCCACUCCCCACACACGAGGGGCAAUUUUUCCAGUGACCAAAUAACCUACAACCCCUCACACGCAGCUGGAAACUAGAGCACCGGGAGGAACUCACAUGAACGCAUGAAGAAUGUUUAAUCUCUGCAAAGAGAUCAAUCGGGUCAGAAUCAAACCCAUGGCACUGUGAGGCCAACUGCGCUACCGUGCUGCCCUUCAUAGUCACGUUUGUUCCCGAUUUAUGAACUUUCAGCCAUCUCCAUUCGAUUCCAGUUACAAGAGGAGAGUUGAUUGUUUGCAGGCUGUUGAUAAUCAACCUGAUUUUUCAGAAACGGUCCCAUUUCCCUAUAAGUCGACAAUUACCUGAAUAUCUGUCCAGGCCAAGCACACACAUUCAUUGCAGCGAGCCACAAGUGCUGGAGAAACUAGAUGCUGCUGCACCCGCUGAGUUUCUCCAGUACUUUUGUCUAUCUUCGAUUUUCCAGCAUCUGCAGUUCCUUCUUAAAGUCACAUUGCAGCAACAAGUUUCUUGAAUUGUCUUGUCCUGGGGCUCGCGGAGAAUCGCAUUGCGCAUGCUUCGCUGGAACCUCGCGAGGUCCAUGCCGCUGAGAAUUGUGGGUUGUUGUGGGCUGCGUUGCCCUGGUAACGGAGGGCACAGGACAGCGGAGAUUGCAGAUCAUUUAUUUUGUCAGGAAUGGGAGAUGACAGCAUGGAAAUAGAAGCUGGGAACCACCUGGGUGUGGAGCAACCCUUUUGUGGGAAAGGAAGUGAAGCUGUGAGAAGUGAUGGAAAAUGCAACCUGCUGGAAGGUGACCAUCUGUUUGAUCAAGGAGAAAUGAAUGGCAAGGCAAUUAGUGAAAUCAAAUGCACAAAGGACUGGGAAAAUGCCACGAAGGCCAUAGGGUCUAGCAAAGCGACCGAUCUGAUGAGAAAUGAUGAAAAAUGCAAAGGUGACUAUCUCUCCGAGCUGGAAAGUUCUAAGCGCAUGGGGAUAAAUGAAUUCAAUUCAACAGAACAUAAAGAGAAUGCUGAGGACUUGGGGCCAAGCACAAUUGUUCCACCAACCACCUUGUCAGUAAUGAGAAACGGGAGGCCACAAAUGGAAAUUGUGGAAUAUCAAGGUGAUACAGUGCAAUUCUCGUGUGAUGAAGGUGGAGAACCUGCAAGAAAUCAAGGAGAAUGCAACCAGCAAUCUGAUCAAGAAGGAGCUAAAUUAAUGAAAAGAAAAAAAUUAAAUCCCAUAAAACACCAAGAAAAUGCUACAAAGGGCAUGCAGUCCAGCUCAGUUAUUUCAUUAUUUGCCUCAUCCGUUUUGGAAGAUGGAAAAUUGCAAGCAGAAACUAUGGAUGAUCACGCCAAUGAGCACUUUACUAAUGGUGAAGAAAGAAAGAAAUCAAUCAAUCAAAUGACAAGUGAGCAAAAAUGCGGAAGCGUGCAGCCGUCUGAGGAGAAAUGGACUAAGAGCGUGGGGACAAAUGACCUCAACGCAACAAAACGUCAAGAGAAAGCCAAGAAAGACUUGGGCCCAAGAAUGACAAAAGAGUUCCUGAAGCAGCUCUGCAAGGACCAGAAGCUCUACCAGACACCAUACUUGAAUGACAUACUCUAUUUGCACUUUAAAGGUUUCUCCUGCAUUGAGAACCUGGAGGAAUACACUGGGCUGAGAUGCCUGUGGCUGGAGUGUAAUGGCCUGUCAAAAAUAGGGAACUUGGAAGCUCAGACAGAGCUGCGCUGCCUCUUCCUACAUCAAAACCUCAUUCAUAAAAUAGAGAACCUGGAGCCUCUUCAGAAACUGGAUUCGUUGAACCUCAGCAACAACUACAUAAAGACCAUUGUGAACCUUUCUUGCCUGCCAGUACUCAAUACAUUGCAGAUGGCUCACAACCAGUUGUGUAAGGUGCAGGACGUUGAACACCUGAAGCAGUGCCCUAGCCUAAGUGUCCUUGACCUUUCAUACAAUAAGCUCGAGGACCCUAAUAUUAUCACUGUCUUCGAGAUGAUGCCUAACCUACGUGUGUUGAACCUGAUGGGAAAUGAAGUCAUCAGGAAAAUCUCUAACUACAGGAAGGAGUUGACUGUGCGCCUGAAGCAGCUAACAUACCUGGAUGACCGUCCAGUUUUUCCAAAAGACAGGGCAUGUGCAGAGGCCUGGGCUCGAGGCGGAUGGACUGCUGAGAAGGAAGAGAGGGAACAAUGGGAAACAAGUGAACGGAGGAAAAUUCAGGAAAGUAUUGAUGCCUUGACAGCGAUCAAAAAGAAGGCUGAGGAGAAACGUAGGCUGCAAGAAAUGGAAGCAAAAGGUGAAAAUUCUUCUGCAGAGAUUGUGCCUGGCACAAUACCAUAUUCCUCAGAUGCAGAGACCCAACAAAAGAUUGAUAAGUUUGUGCAUAAUGUAUUAACAAUCCAGGAGGAAAUUCCAGCAUACUGGCAACAAAAGACAGAACGGGAAAAUUCAGAGUUUGCCACCAAGAACCAGCAGGGAGGAUCAGGUUUGCUAAUGGCAGACCAGAGAAAGCAGCCUUUCAAUUCAGAGGGAGCAAGUGAGGCUGAACUUAUGCAGUCAGAGGAAAGGAUCACCUCGUCUUCACUUGGUAUCUCUGACCAAUUGCAGAGCACUGCCUUUAGUGAUGCUGCAGAUACGCCAUCAAAGUCACUGACAGCUCAGGUGGUACUAGUGACAGAACUGGAUCAGACAGAUACCAUGGAGACCAUCUACUUGGAAGGGGAACAACAUCUUUACAUUGAUGAUUUACCUGAUCUGGAAGAUGUAGAUAUGAGUGACCUAUCACAGGCUGAACAGAGUUUAAGUGACGAGACAAAUCAUCAUGCAAAGAUUGAAGUACUUGCUUCUAGAUGUGAUUACAAUAAUUUUAUCUUGGAAGAUGGAGUACAAACCCUAAUAGAGGAGAUAAGUGAGCAACCUAAUGGGGAAAGUUCUGCAAAGGAAAAAAAGUCUAUCAGUCCGUCCGGCCAGGAGACACCAAAAGGAGCUUUGGAUCUAAAGCCUGCAAUACAACAGAAUCUCAGCGAAUUAGGAAGCUUGUUAAUUAGUGAAGGAAAUCCUGAGAAAGGCACAACUGAAAUGAAUAACAGUUUUUUGAUGAAGGUAAACACCCUAUCCGAUGAAGAUGAGGGUGAUAAGCCUAAGAAGCUGCUGAUUGAGGAAAUCUCCAACCAGCUUUUUAUGGAGAACAUCAAGAAAAUUACACCAUCAAUACAAGAACCUGGCCCAAAGGAUCAACAGAUUCAAGAAGAAUUAGCAAAUUUGGAACUAGGACGUAUCAACAUUGAGGACAUUGAGUUUGGACUAGAUUGAGAAGUCCAUGUUAAAAGACAAUAGAUGUUAUUUUACAGGAAAUGUAACUGAUAUAUAGUUCUUGUUAGACAAAAAAUGUUUGUUUGCCUUGCUAUUUAACAAUAUUGUGUUCUUGUUUUUGAAUCUAUUUUGCUUUACAUUUUGAUAAAUGAUUUUAUAUUUAUAAUAUUACAUCAAAAAAGACUCAGAAGCCAAGGUGUGAGGGAAGGAAACAUGGGUUCCAUCCAUGGGGGUGGACUAAAAAGAAUGAAAAAGCCCAAUAUGGUGCAAUAUCAAAAAAUCCUAAGUCCCUAGUGCAACCCAGGCAGGCAAUGCUGAUAUCCAGAUUUGAUUGUUUGCACGGCUGUCCUUGUAAAUGCAUGGGUUCCACCGGGUUCACCUGUUUCUACCGGACUCACCUGUUUCCACUCGCAUCCCAAACAAUGUGUGGGCUGGCCAGUUAAUUCCCAGUUGGAAAUUUUUGCUGAUUUGAAGGCGAAUGGUAAAAUCUGUGGUUGGGGCAGUAUUGGAGAGAAUUAAAAAAAUGGAUUGGGCUCCUUCCAGCAUCGCUGCGUGGUCCCUGUACAUGACCUUGAGGUUCCGAAUACCAGUCAAAAUAUUGCUUUUCCAAUAGUAAUGAUAUUGCAUUUCCUUAUUGCUUUAUGCAUGAUCUUGAGGCUUUCUUUUGUUUGCCUGGUGAUGUCUUCUCAUUACUCUAAAUCCCCAAUGGACCUUGAUUUUUUUUAUCUUCCUUUCCUCGCAAUCCAAAAUUCAAUUUUCAUCCUGUCUACCUUAUGCUUUCCUCUGGAUUAAAGUUUGGAGAAUAAAGAAGCUACUCCAGUAACUUCAAUCUGAACUACUGAAGAAUUACUAACACUGCUUCUGGUUAAGAAAAUUUGUGAACGAUAAGUGUAACCCCAUGAUGGUUUUAGUUCCGUUUUUUUUGAUUGAAUAUUAAAUGAUGCACUGUUGGCAACAAUCAGAUUUAUCAGUGUCAUUUA